UCCAGUGAAAAAAAAAACACUGAAAGAGAAAAUAAGAUGAGGCACGUGGCAGGAUUCCCCGUACGUGUGUUCUUCCUCCUCUGUAGCAGAGACGACGCACCGAUCGUGUAUUGAAUCUACAGUUCACCAGAAUAUAUAUAAAGUUUGGAUUUUUAUUCGUAUAUGAAUGAUUAAUCAAUCUCCUUUAAAAGGUUUGAUCUUUGAUUGUGAGAAUCUAGAAUCUAGGGUUUCUGGUUAAGCACGUGAGUGUUGGAAUCAUCUGAUCAAAGGAAUAGUUUUUGGUGAGAGAGAGAGAGAGAGAGAGAGAGAUUAUGGGUUCAGUUUGUUGUGUAGCUGUGAAAGACAGAAAGCUUCCUCCUCCUUGUAAUAGUAGUGGACUGCACUCCAUAAUUGAUCUCGAAUUUGAUGGUCACACCUUCUUCAGAUUCAUCCUUGGCAAGCCAUGAUCCCAUCGAGGUGACAUAACUAACAUUUCUUGACUUGAUAUAGUUUGAUAUUUUUAACAUUGAGCUUAAAGAGUGCCUGGUUUACCCUAUUUCUUGUCUUCAUCUCAACCUAUUUGUGGCGAAUUUAGUUGUCUCACAGAGUAUUGUUCCAGCAGCUCCUCCAAAGCCUUCUGAAGGAAGGUGGUCUUCAACCUGUAGCAAUGACUUAGCCACUGGAUCCCAUUACGCUUCUUCUGAAGGUGACUGGUCCUUGAACACUUUCUCUGAGCUCGGUGGCGUAUUCUCAAAGGGACAGAUGGUCCUUCGAUAGCGAACACUUAGGUUCUAGCAGACGUAGUGGUGGUAGCAGCAGAUUCUACUUGUCUCCUUCCGUUGUUGUUGAUCAGCAGACUUGUGGAUCUUGCUCAAAGUUACUAACUGGAGAUGUCUUCUGUUGCUGCUGUUCUUGCUUGUGGUCAUGUUUACCACGCAGAGUGCUUAGAGACAGUGACUACCGAGAUAGAGAAGUACGAUCCCGCUUGUCCCAUAUGCACCAUCGGGGAGAAACGUGUUGCAAAAGUAACAAGGAAAGCUCUUAAUGCAGAGGCUGAAGCCAAGGCAAAGCAGUUCAAAAGAUGUAAAAACCGUUUGAUGGAUACUGAGUGCGAUGAGUUUACGUUUCAGAAGACAGGGAAAGCUCUGAAGAUGGAACCACCUAGUCGCAGUAGCAAAAGCACGUCUAUGUCAUUCUUGAAAUGGCAUUCCAAAUGGAGUAAACCCUCGUCCAAAGACUCUGUAUUGAAGAAAUGGUUUUGGUCUAGACAUCUUUACAACCGUUCUUCAUCAAGCAUAGAGUUUCAUAGUAACCGAUAAUACUCAUUUCAGGUACUUAACCAGACAUCGCAGCUUUGAUGAAACCAAACCUCCUUGUUAUGGAACAGAUACUGAGCUUUCAGCUUUAGCCUUCAGAGCUGUGUGUUUCAUGUUUCUUUUGGUGAUAUCUUGUGUGUUUCAGUGUAACCUAUGGGGAUAACAUUUAGUUAAUGAAAAAAAACUUGUCAGUCAUUUGCAGGGUUAUCUAUGAAGUUCUGUUGACCUGCA